AUGAAUAACAAUAAUAAUAGUUCAUCGAAUCCAUCUACUCAUAAUAUUAGUAAUAAUGCUUUGCUAAGUCCUUAGAGCAACAAAUAAAUAAAUAACUCACUUUAUCAAUAAAGGGCGUAGACCAUAUCUGGCCCUAGGAGUUAGCAACAAUCUAUGGUCAUAAAUAGAACUUCUAACUCUUAAAAGUAAAAGUCCAUCAUAUUGAAAAUUUAAGAAUAGCUAUCUGGUCAUAAGCAAGUAUAACCUAAUCUUUAAUCUCAGUAGAUAAAUCAACUUUCUAUGAAGAGAUAGUAAUCUAAUUCUCACUAAAAGGUUGUUGAAAAUUAAAGACCUAUUGAAGUAAUAGCUAAACAAAAGAAUAGGGAAAAUUAAGUCAAAUUUGAAUAGGAAACGAUUGAUUUAUUGAAAGAUGAUUACAGAUAUGUGAUGUCUUUUGUAAUGAAUUUAAUUGAAUAUAUGAGAUCUUAGGUAAUAUAAAAUGGGUUAACUGAAGAAAUCAAUCUCAUUUUUCCUACUAAAGAAUAGAUGGAAAAAACUUGGUAAGAGUAGCAUCCAGCAGAAAUAUGCUAUGUUCUACAAGACUACGUAAAAUUUUUUGUGAAUAUGAACCAGAAAUUUAUCACAUUGAAAUAAGAGCAAAUAACUAAUUCUGACUAAAAAGAUGAAAAAUAAAUGAUUUUGCAUAGUUUAGAAUUAGAGAAAUUAUAGUUUGGAAAGAAAGAAAAUGAAUAUUAAUUUUUGCUUGAAUAACUUACAAAACGUAAAGAAGAGCUGUAAAAUAAGUUAUCAUUUAUGGAAAAGCACUGCACAGAAGCCAUAAAUUAUCUGACCAAAGAUAAUGAGUAGCUGGUCAAUUUAGUUAAGGAUAAGGAUGAAGUCAUGGAUAAAAUUUAAGAAUAAAUUGAAAUUAAAAAUGAGCAUAUCAGAUCAUAAGACCAAAAACUGCUUAGUGUGUUAAUUUAUGAAUUUAAACUUCGUAAAGUAGACAUAAGGUACCAAGCUUAAAUUCUGAAAAUUAUGAAGUAGCACUCAACAGAUCUAGAAAAAUAUUACUCUAUGCUUGAAAGCUGUUGGUCUGGUUUGAAUAAAAAUGGAAAUACAGAAGUAGAAGACUAAUUUAAUUACUUAAAGGCGUAUGUGCAAGGUAUUAAAAAUGAUCUCUUUAACUAAAUUAUUAACAUUCAGUCUAAAUACGAGAAAUAUUCAGAUGAUUUUAAUGAGAAGAAGAAGAACUUCAACCAAUUAAAUGAGGUUUAAGAUAAGAUUAAAGAAAAUUAACUGUUUUAGAAUGAAGACGAAAUUCAAAAGAAAACCCAAAGCAAAUUCAGUAAGAUAAAUUUCGCCUAAUAAAUACAAAACAACAUCAUCUUAAACAUGAAUGUUGAAAAGAAAAAGAAGAAAAUAAGUAGAUCAAUCAAAGAUGUUUAAUUUAUGUUAAAUGAUUAGGAACUUCUACCUAGUUCAAAAUAACAAUCUUAAAACAACAUUUAAUUACCCUAGUCUAGCUUUUAACCAUUUGGAAAUUAAUAUUCUUCGAAUUACUAUAAUAAACCUUAUACAAUUAGUAAUAAUAAUGAAAUCAAAAUUUUAAAUUAAGGUGAAUAUUCUGAUGUUAACGAAACUUUAAACUCACCACCAAAACAAAACCAAAAAUAUACAAAUAAAGAACAGCAAUAUUACUAAUCUGUAAAACCUCAGCAAAAUUAAAUGAUAAAAAGUGCUUUGAAUUUCAACUCUACUGCUUCUUCUUCGACUCAUCAACUCAACUUGCACGGCUAGAAAUAAAUGAAUCCUGAGUAAGGUCAAAGGAGAAGUAUGUAUUCAACAAGAAAUAAUUCAACUUUAGUAAAUUUUGGAUCUCAGUAAAGCAUAAAAAAUGUGUCAAAUAUAUAACCAAGAUCAUCUCUUAUUUUCUGA